AUGGCUACUGUCGCUCACUACAUCUACUCCCACUAUACUCCUGCGAAAUCUACUGCUCCAGUGCAUGAGGAAGAAUCAGCACUAGAAACAAACGAAACAGAUCCAUGGCAGAUCGAGUCGUCCUUGGGGGCCCGUCGUCGACUUGCAGGCGCACCUCGAUUUGUUCCAGCAAUUGUCUCCUACGAUGAAAUUAACGGAAUGAUUGGGAUGCCUGCAACUCUUCAAUUUCCUCAGGUCAACGAACUUCCUCGCGAUGUGAGCAGCUGGUAUAGGUCGUUGACUCGGAGCGCCAGCUUCCCUCCUGGACCUCCUCUGGACACAGCCCCCAAUUCACCUUUACCCUCUCACCUAGUCUCUGGCCUAUCUGCCCCUACCUCCACUCCCCGUCCACGACAGCGACAAGAUAAUAGCAAUUGGUUCAUAGCCCGCGCCUUACGGUCAGAGCCUGCUACUUCUUGUUCGACACCCACCCAGACUCUUGCAGAUAUUCUCGCCAGAGACCCCCCACCUUUGUCAAAGGAGGAGGCGUUCACUCCCCCAGUUUUUCUGACGCUUGGACCUUCUAACAAGGGCUUUGCUAUGCUGCAGCAGAGCGGAUGGAGUGAGGGUGAACCACUUGGUCCAGGUGUCAGACGCCGUUUUCAGCCUCACAACAAGGCGCGGCAGAAGAGCCCAAAGCGAGGGGAUGGCGGGGUUGGUGUCAAGCAGGAAGAGCGAUUGGUUCAGUGGGAUCCCGAUGGCGAUGUUACGGAGAUUAAGCAAGUAGACGUUAUCGACUUAACGUUUUCUGACUCUGAAGACAACGAACCGGCCAUGAAAUCAGACCAAGAUCUGGCUGCAGAGGACGAUGAUGGCAGGCAUUUUGAUGAUGUCUCGUCUGCCGUAGAUCCACCGUCUCACAAUCCUAACGCGCUCUUGACACCGCUCCCAACGAUACUGAAAUCCGAUCGUCUCGGUAUUGGACUAAAGGCUAAGACUACUGGCCCAUACAAGGCUUCAAAGAAGCGGGUGACUCACAAUGCGGCUGCUCUGGCUUCCCACAUUCGCGCAAACGAGGAGAUGCGCCGAAUGAAGAAGGUAAUUGGGCGGGGAACAAGGGGAUUUGCAAGGUUGGCGAAGGCGGAGGCGGAAAGCAGAAGACGCUUGCUUGCUAGUUUGAACGAUAGCUGA